GGGCGGGAGGCGGGGCGGCGCGGAACCGAGCAGGACGGCCGCCAUCUUGCUGGGAUCCUGAGUUGGAGCUCGAGGCUGCGGUCGAGAGUGCGUGCGAGCUCGCGGCGCAGCCCAGCCCAGCCGCGGCCCAGCCGGAGCCCUCUCCCUCCGCCUCUCCGCGCCCGGCGCCGGCCCCAGCGCGGCCCUCUGACCCUUAGCCCGGCCCGGUCCGGCCUCCCCGCGGGGUCACGCAGCCGCCCCGGGGACGAUGAACGGAGGAUAAAUGGUGCCCAAGGCAGACAGCGGUGCCUUCCUGCUGCUCUUCCUGCUCGUGCUCACCGUCACCGAGCCGCUGCGGCCAGAGCUGCGGUGCAACCCUGGGCAGUUUGCCUGUCGCAGUGGCGCCAUCCAGUGCAUCCCCCUCCCCUGGCAGUGUGACGGCUGGGUGACUUGUGAGGAUGAGAGCGACGAAACCGACUGUCCAGAAGUGACCAGGGAGGCACGUGCUUACCAUGGGAAGGAGGCUGUGGAUCCGCGGCAGGGGCGGGCCCGGGGCGGCGACCCCAAGCACUUCCAUGCGGUGAACGUGGCCCAGCCCGUCCGCUUCAGCAGGAAGUGCCCAACAGGGUGGCACCACUAUGAAGGCACGGCCAGCUGCUACAGGGUCUACCUGAGCGGGGAGAACUACUGGGACGCAGCGCAGACCUGCCAGCGCGUGAACGGCUCCCUCGCCACCUUCUCCACCGAUCAGGAGUUGCGCUUCGUCCUAGCCCAGGAAUGGGACCAGCCAGAGCGGAGCUUUGCUUGGCAGGACCAACACAAGUUGUGGGUUGGUUACCAGUACGUCAUCACCAGCCGGAACCACUCCUUAGAAGGCCGCUGGGAGGUGGCAUUCAAAGGCUCUUCAGAGGUGUUCCUACCCCCAGACCCUAUCUUCGCCUCAGCCAUGUCUGAAAGCGACAACGUGCUCUGCGCCCAGCUGCAGUGCUUCCACUUCCCCACCCUGCGCCACCACGACCUGCACAGCUGGCACGCCGAGAGCUGCUACGAGAAGUCGUCGUUUCUGUGUAAAAGAAGUCAAACAUGUGUGGACAUCAAGGAUAACGUGGUGGAUGAGGGAUUCUACUUCACCCCCAAAGGAGAUGACCCGUGCCUGAGCUGCACCUGCCAUGGAGGAGAGCCCGAGAUGUGUGUGGCCGCACUUUGCGAGCGGCCCCAGGGCUGCCAGCAGUACCGCAAGGACCCCAAGGAGUGCUGCAAGUUCAUGUGCCUGGACCCAGAUGGCAACAGCCUGUUCGACUCUAUGGCCAGUGGGAUGCGCCUGAUCGUCAGCUGCGUCUCCUCCUUCCUCAUCCUGUCACUGCUGCUCUUCAUGGUCCACCGGUUGCGCCAGAGGCGCCGGGAGCGCAUUGAGUCCCUGAUUGGAGCCAACUUGCACCACUUCAACCUUGGCCGGAGGAUCCCUGGCUUUGAUUACGGCCCAGAUGGGUUCGGCACGGGCCUCACGCCACUGCACCUCUCUGAUGAUGGAGAGGGAGGCACUUUCCACUUCCAUGACCCCCCACCUCCCUACACUGCGUACAAGUACCCGGACAUCGACCAGCCUGAUGACCCGCCGCCGCCCUACGAGGCCUCCGUCAACCCGGACAGCAUGUUCUACGACCCCGCAGAUGAUGAUGCCUUUGAGCCGGCAGAGGCCAGCCCGCCGCCCCCGGGCGCUGGCGGCGGAGAAGGCGCCCUGCCCCGGCUCCCGGAGCAGCCUGUGCCCACGGCGGGGGCCCCUCUGGCAGACCUGGAAGAUUCAGCUGACAGCAGCAGUGCCCUGCUCGUGCCCCCGGACCCUGCCCAGGGCGGGAGCACCCCAGCCACAGAGGCACUGCCAGGGGUUGGCCGCCACAGCCGUGGUUCCCUCAAUACUGUGGUGUAGGGAACUGCCCGGCCCACAGCCGUGAUGUGCAGGGAGCACCCAUUUGCUGUCAAGGAGACACUGAUCCCCAUGGGAGCCUUGCAGGGCCCCUGAGUGAGCCGGGCGAGCUGGACUGCCACACACCGGCCAGCAGCGUGCACGUGCACAGAGGGACCGCACCACCUCCACGAGAGCGAGCACCCAUCUCCUUGAGGGCCUCAAAAACACGCAUAGCUUUGGGUCACUGUCUUUUUCUUUUCAAACGGCAGGAGAAUGACAAAAGUUUGUUCAGACCACACGUUUCAGAGGUAGGGAACAAGCUGUGGCAGGGCCAGGGUCAGACUGCACCCGGCUCUGGUGGGCUGCUGGCAGCAGUGUGCCAGCCACUGAGCCCCAGGGCUGCCCGGGCGCCGGUGUUUGUGGACGGUCAGCAUAGCCUGGGUGCUGCCUCUGCUUCAGGCAGGCGCUUUGGAGGGCGCUCCGGUGGCUGCUCUGGGGACAGCCUCCAGCAGGUCCAUGAGCCUCGAGGGUGAGCCUGGGGGCUGGCCUGUAGCCUUGGUGUGCAAGGCCCUGAGAGUGGGCGCUUGGAAGGAAGUUGAACGCUCACUGUCUUUCCAGCUGGGCUCUGCGAAGUCCAUGUCUGUGCCCGGAGGCCCUGCCCUGCACCACCCGCUGCCACCACCGGUCUCCCCAGCACUGCUGCGCAUGGCUUCCCCGGGGAGGCAGCUCGGGAUGACCAAGGCCCUUAGCCAUGCAUGAGCAUGCCUGGACCCUCUCCUGGGGUUUGGGGGCUAAGCCAGCUGCUGUCUGUUACCCUCUGGAGCCCCCAUUCCGUUUGAUUUGCCCCUGGGCCUGGCCUGCCCCUCACGUCACCUUGUUUGUGCCACAAAGGGUUGUUUCUUUGAGGGGAGGGGUGGCUGAAAUUAAUGUUCUGGGCUGUGUCCAUCUCCUGAAAGUCCACUUCUUGGACACCACAGCCACCACUGGGGCCAAGUGCUCAGCAGCCACAUGCCACCUUCUUGCCCUCAGCAGCGCAGGGUGCUGGGUACCCUGCCUCAGGGCCUUUGGAUUGAGGGCCCUGUCGCUUGCUCUUGCGCAGGGGUCUUGUCUCCUGACCCAGGGCUUUUAGCAUUUCUGAGGUUUGGAGAUUACGCGGGUUCUGUGCGAUUUUUAGCACAUCCAUAUCUUUUCUACGUUGAAUGUCUGGACCUUUUCUGUGCGCGCGUGUGUCUGUGUGUGUACAUAUGUGUCCAGGUGUUUGUAGGCGGUGGUGGUACGCGGGAGCUCAGGCCUGGAGCCCCACUUUCCCAUGCCGGCCGUGGCAUCUCGGGUAGCCCUGCGGCUUGGCCAGGUCUGCACCUCUGCCCCUCGGCUGAGCGCACAUGGAGCCCUGCUCCUGGGCCCCCUUGCGGCCUGUCCAGACCAGUGUGCGGCCGGGGGAGGGUUGACUAGAAGUGGGUGCCUCUGUGGCGCUUUGCGGUAGCAGGCCUUGGUGGCAUAGUCUAGUUGCGGGCACAUGCUCACACUCUCCUGCUGGCAAACCAUUUUGUCUGUCAAGUAGGAAUAAAAUUCUUGAGUUGCCCCACAAACCUCUCCCCGAGCUGGCUGGAGAUGUGAGUUUUAUCCUUGAACUACCUGUGCUGGGCUCAGCCCUCAGGAGCCAGGGAGCUGGAGGCAGGCCUAAAGCAGGCAGGCUGCUUGCUGAGGGGCUAAUGCUUUGAGAAGGGUGUCCUGGGCUGCUGAAGACAGCAGGAAGCAGGUGAUGCCUUCAGCAUGUGCUGGGCACAGGGCCGCAGCCCCGCGCUCUGUUGAUGCCAGGUGAGUGUCCUGAGCAGGCUUGUUCGGAGUGAUCACUCCAGUGGAGCCCACAGGGCCCUGCUCCCAACAGCUCAGGGUCCCUCCUGGCCCCGCCGAUGUCUCUGGUCCAGGCCUCCGAACCGUGUGUAUAGGACAGGGCAGCUGACACGAGAUGUGUGGGGCUGAGGAUCUUCCUUUGGGGACCGAAGGACUAUUGGGGCCAAUCAGGCCUGCAGGAGGCACCAAAGAGGAGGUGGCCUGAAGCGGAUCAUAUGGGUCGCAGAGGGUGGACCUGCUUCUGGCCUGGCCAGGGUUCUGUUCAAGGGUGCUCAACCACUGGGCUUUCUUGGGCUGGACAGGACAGACCCCUGCCUGUGGCCCACUGUGUCCCCAGGAGCUGGUGCCGGGAGCUGAGCUCUGCUGCAGGCCGGGCGGGAGGGGAACACGGGGUGGCCCGACUGUCUGCAGCCUCCCUUCUGUUUGCUGCCCUUUGUGAGAUCUGACUGUGCUCCAUGGUCCCACGAAGAAUCUCGAGGCCAACCCUGGCUGAGACUCCUGUGCCUGGGAUAGACGGCCCCCUGCCCCCUGACACGGGCUCCCUGAGGGACAGCAGGUUCUCAGGAGGGGCCGCCUCCCCCAGGGCCCAGCCUUCCUGCUGAAGGUGGGGAGCGACACUGUACAUUGUCUUGACGCCUGUUCUUAUGUUUUCCUUUCAUGAAGGGUUUUAGUUUGGGUUUAUUUUUGGUUGGGUUGGCACUAAUCCUUUUCUUAAGAUGCUGUGAGAACAAUUUCAUCCAAAUGCCAAAUAAAUUUGUGUUCUGGGA